UGGUGUCCACAAGUUUUCAAUUGAUACAUAAAUAUUACUAUCUUGAAUAAUAUUUAUUUAAAUCAUUCGUCAAUUGAUUUGCAUCGUUGUAAAUUUGUGCAUUUAAUUAUACAGCACUAUUCGCUAUUGACUAGAUGUACCAAUAAUUGGCCAAUUCAGGACAAUAGUUGAUAACAUUAAAUCGACAUGAACCAACAGUAAUUGAUAAAAAAAGGCUACAUCCAAUAUACAUGUGAAUUUUGAAAAUUCAAGACAUUCCAUUGAUUCAACAAACUCACAGUUAGACCAGAAAAAAAGAAUCAAUAGGGGGAUGCGAAAAUCGGAGGAGGAUGUCAUCGGGAUUGGUCUGGGAGUUACGAUUAUUGUUUAUGCUGGCAAUCACCACAAUUGUUAUAGCAAAUCAUCAUCAACAUCAUCACGAUAACUCUUCUAUUUAUCGUCACUUUGAAGAAAUUACUGGCAAUCAUAAAUUGUUUUUAAAUUCUUCUCGAUCACAAGCACAGAUCAAUACCCAAUGGCCAUCAUUAAAAAUAUCACGGUUGCGGCAUCACCAUGUGAACCAUUGGGAUCCGUACUUUGAAAAUGCCAAGGGUGAAGAGAUCAAUGGACCAGAACAUGUUGCUUUACAUCUUGGUGCUACAGCGUUGCUUGAUUGUAGAGUAGUGAUGCUAUCGGAUAAAACGGUCAUGUGGACACGACAAGAUGCAGAAAUACCAUUUCUACUUACAGUUGGUCAGGAUGUCCAUAUAUCAGAUCCUCGAUACAGCAUUAACUUCCGAUAUCCUAAUAAUUUUAGACUGUCAAUCGCUUCCGUAAGAAGAGAGGAUCAUGGCCAAUACGCAUGCCAGGUCAACACUCAUCCACCACGAACACUCAUCACUAAUGUUACAGUUUUAGCGCCUGAAAUUACAAUUAUGGACGAAGCAGGUCAUGAAUUACGAGAUCGUUACUAUAAAAUGGGCAGCAGCAUCGAGUUAGCUUGUAUCGUCCGACCAUCACGUCCAAAUGCAAAAGUACCACAACCAACAUGGUUUAAGAGUGGCGAAUCACUUCCAGACCACGUUACUGUUUACCACAUGAAUGGAACAAAUAAUGAAGUAAUGGUUGGUUUACAUAUUAAAAAAGCAAAGAAAGUUGAUAGUGGUGAAUAUACCUGUUCUAUUGGAGAAUUCAGUAAAUCUUCAGUACAAAUUCAUGUUUUAAAUGGGGAAAAACAAGCAGCAGUGCAUCAUGACCAGUGGAAUAGUGCAAGAUCAAAUUAUCCUUUGAGUCUGACAUCAUUGUUUGCAGCAUUAAUCAGUCAGUUCUUUUUGUAGAACGCAUACAUUACAAUAUACUAAUUUUUAAGUACUUAAAGGCAAUACAGGUUGCUAUAGCACUAUUAAAAUUCAUAGACGUGUUUGUAACGUAUUAUGCAAAUGUGCUUUUGACCCCAAUCCGUCAAGAUACUUCAAGUUUAAUCUGAAGAGAUAUGAGCAAACACUCAUUCAAUGAACACAUAAAAUUAAUAUAACGUCAAUGAAGUAUUGUUGUGAAUUAUAAUUUCUACUUGUAUUAAUCCAUCUAAGGAUAAUAAUAAGUGACAAUUGUGUAAAUAU